GUUCAACAAAACCCUUGCUACAUCUAUUGAAUGUAUUGAACUACAUACCUCAGAUGUCAAGUGCUAUGUUGUAUUAGCAUGUAUCAAGAUAGCUUCAAACUAAAAGGAGAAAAAAAGUUUAGAGCGAUUAUUAACUAAAGUUAUCAAUUAUGCUAAUUAAGAAGGACGCUUCAUAUGCUCAACAAUUUUUUAAUACCGUAUAACUACAAAACUCACCUAUUAACUCGACUCUUUGUCACUUCUGUCCCGUUUGCCAUCUAAACACCAUAUGAUUCGAGAGCACUUAGUCACAAAUUUUCUAUAAUUUCUAGGACAUAAUCUGCUAUAUCUUCUCGCAUUUGGUACCUAUCAAGUCUCGGUCGAUGGAUUCUGAAGAUAAUAUUGGAUUCUCUGAGGGGGAGUUCAAUGAGUUCCCCAGGAGAUUACCAGAAAACUGUGUGGAAUAUUUAUUAUUCGUCAUCGACAGUAAACUGGAAUCGCGCAACCUUCUCUCGGAGCUUGAAAAUAUCCGAAAAGCAGCUACACAGCUCUGCGAUAGCAUUGCUAGGGAAUACAUAUGGCAACGAGAUUCUUUUCAACUGCGUAUCGAAAGAGAUCAGGAUCUGGUCUACUUGCAUGGGACCACAGACUACGGAGACUCGGUCGAGGAUGAAUGGCUCAUAGUCUAUCUACUUCGAGAAUUAACCAAAUCUUAUCCCAAUCUUUGGGUCAGAAUCUUCGACGAUGAUGGAGAAUUUCUGCUUGUCGAGGCAGCUAACGUCUUACCAAAAUGGUUAAGCCCGGAGAUAGAUGGCAACCGAUCAUGGAUACACGGUGGAAACCUCCAUCUACUCCCCCUGGCUGCAAGUUCGGGAGUGAAGCGACCGUUAUCCUUAACCGAAGCUGUUCGCUAUAUUAAAUCGAACCCUAACUCCCUAGUGCAUUCUGCAUUCGUCGAAGCCGAAGCUUUCUACAGGUUAGAGAAGUAUCCCGGACAAAUCACAGAUUCGAUACACCGCUCGCUAGUUACGAUACCCAGAAAACUUGCUUAUAUCUUGCACGAAAAGCCUUCCACUAUUGCCCCUGCUAUCGAGGUGUUUUACCUUCGAGACCCAGUUGCAAUGAAGCCUCUCACAUCACCUUCUGCGAAAAUACAUUUCCCGCCUGAGGACCUUGUGACUGUCAGUAUAAAAUUCACAAAAAUACUUUUCGCACAGCUCAAGUCUCAGCGUUUCUCGCCUCCUCCGAUAUGGAGCACUGCAUUUGAAGCUGCUGAGAAGCAUAUUUCUAACGCAGAUGAUAAUCAAAAGAGUUUAGCGGGCCUAGAAAUGGGCAUGAAGGUAACAAGCGGCUUCGAGAUGCUUGCUACUAACGCAGACACGAAAGAUAAUCGUCUUGCGCGUGAAUUUGCUAUGCUACUCGAAGAUGUUGAAGAGGACGGGGCUCAGGCACUCCCGACUAACAAAGACAUCGAAACUUGGGAAGAUGUGCACAGAGAGGACGACGAAUCUUGGCUGGACAUCAACUUUGAAGACUUCGAAGAUGAGUUGCAAGGAAACCGUGGCCCUCGAAGCCGACCGAAGGGUGAGUUUGGCGAUCCUUCGGCGCAGGCAGAUUUGAAAAAGAUUGUAUCCCGUUUUGAAGCUUUCCUGAACGACGAAGGUGCCGGCGUAGAAGGUGCUGAAUUAGAAGAUAUGGAUGAAGAUGAUGAUAUCUCGGAUGAGGAGGAAGAUAGCGACGAUGAGGAUAAAGAAGUCAGUUUUGACGAAGAACAGUUUUCGAGGAUGAUGAGGGAGAUGAUGGGAUUGUCCCCUGUGGAGCCUACAAACUCGGAGAAAGUAUCCGGGACCUCAACAUCCGUUGCUACAUAUGGUACUACUAUUGAAGAAGACGAGGAUGCUGCCAUAAAGCAAUUGGCUGCUCAGAUGGAAGCUGAAUUGAAAGAGCAUGGUGCAUUAAAACUUGAUCCUCAGGCCGGAAAAACAAAAGCAAUAGAAGCAAAAGAUGGAGAUAAUUCUGAAGGGAAAGGGAAAGGGAAAGCUACUCUAGAACAAGAGGUUGACAACGAAGAAGAGAGUAGUGAGGAGGAGGUUGAUGUUGACUAUAACCUGGCCAAGAAUCUGCUAGAAAGCUUCAAGAGCCAAGCCGGGAUGGCAGGCCCUGCAGGUAACAUUCUUGGUAUGAUGGGUUUACAGCUUCCCCGGGAUGAGGAUGAAGAGGAGGGGGAUUGAUUAGUAUAGUUUUAUCCUUUUCAAUCUGAUCUGUAAGUUCAUGAGGUUACAUAUGUACUAUGUAGUGAACCAAGAUGAAAAGGGGUCUGGUUUGAUAGUACGUACAUGGUAUACUAUAGGUGUAUGUACCUAGGUACAUAUGUAUGUAACUUGUAUAUUAGUUAUGCCCCACUAUAUAAAGCUCCUGAGCC